CUUCCUUCCUUUAUGAGGUUUAAAAAAAAGCAUUAUGAUAAAAAAAAAAACCCAUGAUAUAAAAAAGUAGAAUUAAGUGAAUUUCCAUAACCAUGCGUUGGAUUUGAGGAACAUUUUUUUACUACCCAAAGAUAUUUUUGAAAGUGGCUUAAGGUAAUACAGUACUCCCAAAAUACAUUAUCACGCUUUCUUUGGUUUUGACCCAUAAAGAAUAAAUUACAGUUCUGUGCCUUAGAGGUCAUCAAAAAUUGAUGUAUUAGCAUACAAAAAUGCAUGAACAGAGAAAGGAAAGGAAGGAAAUGUAGGAACAACAUUCAUUCUCUCUCUUAUAUACCAUAUUCUCUUGGUAAGCUUAGUGAUAAGCUUCUUUUUAGUCUUAAUGGUACCAUAAGAAUAUUUAUUUUGUUGCUAUCCUUCCAUAUGAUGUUAAAUAUUACAGCAUUAGAUGGUCCUCUGUAUUGGUUGUGUACCAUUUUUCUUGAGCAGAAUGAUUUCCAGGGUCCGAAUGUACACAGCUUUUGCUGAGGCAACUUAAGGGCAUAUAUGAAUCCCAUAGCAAUGGCUAGAUCACGAGGUCCCGCUCCAUCUUCAGGACCUACCAUACAAGACUACUUGAACAGACCAAGACCAACAUGGGAAGAAGUAAAAGAACAACUAGAAAAGAAGAAGAAGGGUUCCAAGGCCUUGGCAGAAUUUGAAGAAAGAAUGAAUGAGAACUGGAAAAAAGAACUGGAAAAACAUAGAGAGAAAUUGUUAAGUGGAAAUGAGAGCACUUCAAGAAAGAAAGAGAAAAAGAAAAAAGAGAAGAAGAAAUCCAGUAGGUUGUCUCCAUCUUCCUCUUCCUCAUCAAGCUCUGAUUCUUCCAGCAGUUCAUCUGAUGCUGAAGAUGAGGAUAAGAAACAAGGGAAAAAGAGAAAGAAAAAAAAAUAUUGCUCCUUACAGAAGUCAUCUGAAAGCUCUAGUUCAGAUUCUGAUUCUGAUAGCAAGGACAGCCUAAAAACUAAACGGUCAAAGGAAGAUUAUGAAAGAGACAAGGAUUCCAAAAGUCUUGUUAGGAAAAGAAUAAAAGCAGACCGUGUGGAAGAAUUAUUACCAUCAGAUUCUUCAUCAGAAUCUCUUCAAACAGAGGAGGUACAAGCAAAAAAGAAGAAAAACAGUGAAGAAAAGGAGAAAAAUGUAAGUUUUUUUAAUCUAUCUAAGAAUUUUAAAUACAUCCUCCAAAUUUUAUAUCAGCAUAUACAUUUGCUGGGGCAAACAUCCCUCUUUCAAUUGCUCUGGAGGUUUCUCUGACUUUACUAUAUCAAUAGAAAUGACACUAAAACUGGCCGAUUUUGAACUAUUACAUAAUAGUUCAAUAGGUACUUAAUCCUCCUUAGAGUAGAUACACUGGUCAGAAAAUAGGAGUGCAGAAGGAGUACAGUGCCUUGAGCUCCUGAAGGAAAGGUAAGAUAGAAAUCAAAUAAAUAAAUAAUGAGUGCUACAGUAUUGAUUUUAGAUUAUUGGUUCUAGGGAUUAAGACACAGAUUAAUUUUUUUUCUCUGAAUAUAGUAGUCCUAACAAGGUAAUAAUGGAUAGAAUGAAUUAACAAAUCAAAUCAGAUUGUUUAAUACAGCCCUGCUAAUACCAUUUGGCAACAGAAUUUGAAUUAGCUUUCUUGGAUUUUUUUUUCAGAUUAAUUAUAUGAGAUAUGGGGAAUUAAAGUUAGAACUUUAUAUGUAAAGAAAAACAACUCUAGAGGUAAACCUGUGGACAGUGCCGUCUGUAAAGCUUCCAGAAGAGUGGUAUUUAUUAUUCUUGAUUUAGAUAAGCUUAUUAUGAUGUUUCAAUUGCUUUAAUUAAUUCUUUCCUUGAAAAUACAUUUGGAAAGACAAAGCUUGAGUUGGAAUCAGCUGGUUUCCGUAUAUAACAAUUGUUUUUGGUAUUUUCCUUUUUAAAGGAUAAAACAAAAAAGCGGAAGAAGCACAAGAAGCACAGCAAAAAGAAGAAAAAGAAAACAGCAAGCUCAAGCUCUCAUCCAAAAUACUUAAGUCAAGUUUUUUUUUCAUCAAAAGUGCAAUGAGACUAUAGAGAAUUGCAAUUGUGAAAAUUAUGACAAAUUCUGCCAACUGCAUGAGCUCUCCUAUGUGUUAACAAAUCUAGAUAUUCAGCUUGCCCGGUGCCAUUGGGCUGGAAAUACCCAUUGUUGUUGCCUGAUGCUUAAUAUACAUGUAAUACCCCCCUCUAGCCCUCCAGUAGCUGGUAGGACAUAUUUUGAAAGAAAUCCUUCCUGUGGUUUAAAUGGGAGCAGCAGUGUAAAACUGGGUGGAUACCAAAAGGUUCUGCCUAUUGUAUUCAGGGAUCUGUGCAUGUGAUCUGAUAUACAGAUGUCAAUCAGCUUCAUCUGCUGUAAUGAAUGAGACAGCUCCUUGUGGACAAAGAUGUUAUAUAUGCAUCAGGAUAUCUGUACCCAUAAACCAAAGUUGAAUUUGGGUGUUUUAUUUUAACAGACUGGUAACGAAACUUAAUUUUCUAUUACAAAGACAUUCGCAAAAUUCCUCUACAGAACUGAAUGUCACAUAGCAACUCCUGUGACAUUUCAUUUCUACUGAUACCAUUUUUGGAACAGGAACAUACCAUUAAUAUAUACAAAUGUUACUUUUUUAGAUAUGUGUAAUAUAAUUUUGUGCCUGCAUUUCUGGGUUGAAGAUGUUGAUUAGAGGGCAUAGUUUGAUUUGACAAAUGAUAACAGAUUUGCUAAUAUUGUUACGAUACUUCCAGUAAUACAAACUGCAGCCUUUUUCUUUAUGAAUUUAAGGAAAAAUCCACUAUGAAUUUUCUGAGCAUGCCCCAUUAAAGUAAAUGGAAUUGUGGAAAACUAGCUAGGCCAAUAAUUAUUAACUGAGCUGAUUAUGAUGGGCUGUUAUUUUUUAUUUGUUUAUGUGUAAUAAACUUUCAUCUUUCAUCCUGGGAUGACAGUAAUUCUAAUGAUGAAAUAUAUGCUUGAAUUGUAUUUCUAAAAAUGAAAGAUGGACAUCAUUCUUUUUCCUUAGUCAUGUUCACCUCUAGUGUUGGAGUUCAGUAGGGAGAAAAGUGCCUGUAGUUUAGGAGCAAGCGAAAAUGGGGACUGACAGUUCAGUUAGCCUCAUUUUUAUUUCAGAUAUAAGACAAUGCUUUAUACAUGAGCAAGAAAAGAAAAAUAUACCUUAUUAUUCCCAUCUAAGUUGGCCCUGCCUUUAUUUUGGACCUGUAGCAUAUGCUGCUGUAGUAGGCAAAGAUACCAAUCUAAUAUGGCAUAGCUGAUUCCUCUAAAGUGAGGAUUUUAUUACCAUUGAAUUAAAACAAUACUGGGGCCUGAGAUAAUAAUAUGCAUCACCAUUAUUUGAAGUGGCAUUGAGUUUAAUUGUACUUUUUUGUCAUUUUUUUUAAAAAACUAUUGUUAUUAACAUAUUUAGAAUUAAUGUUCUGCAUGAUUUUGUACCAUUGUAAUAACUAAUUAAGGAAUACAGUUAUAAUCAGUGUUUUUUUAAUUAUUAAUUAUGUUUCACAUGCAACAUUGCAUUCAUCCUUGUGUUAAUGUACACCUGCUGAAAAUAUUUAGCAUGUAAAAAGCUGAGGGGUGUUAUCAGACAGCUUCAUAUUGAAACUGUUUUUAUUCUACACAAGUUCAGUGGCAGACCUCUUAUACAACUAUGUCCUGGUAUACACAAACUGCCAGACACUUAGUAAAGACAAUGUUUUAAAAGUU